UUGCGUUGUUUAGCGUUGGAGAUGGUGUACUAUGCAUUCUUUCAUUCAUUCAUUCGCGUUCGCUCACUUUGCUUUGAUGUUGUGGGUUGUUGUUUGUUAGUUUUGUUUUUCAGUGCUCCUCCUCCUCGACUUGCUGUUUGCUUGGAUCAGCCUUGGGUUUUGGCUCAGGGGGAGCUGUUCUUCUGCCUCGCUCGUGGACUCUGCCAUAGUCUCCUCUGACAACACUACUGCUCAGCUCUGCAUUCUUGUGCUUCAGAGAGAUGCAGGGCGAUGGGUCUCAAGCUGUAGCGACUGCUACCCCUGCUGCUGAGAUUACUGAGCAUGAAGUAGGUACCGAGUUGCGUGAUGGGUCGUCAGUCCAAGCGGCAGCGACUGUGCCUGAACUGCCACCACCACCCAGCAAGGUUAGUGGCGUACCAGAGGAUGAAUCACAAGAUGCAGUACCCAGCAGUCAGUCUCCUGCACAUGCUAUUCCUGUGGUCAAAGGUCAUCUAGCAAAACAAAUAAGCAAUAACGAGUUUGUGGAUGCACCUACCGAUUUAGAAAUGGCUGCGACGGUUAAUGGUCCUACCAAUGGUAAAGACGCUGAGCUUCCCAGGGUUGAUAACCAACAAGAAGAACAUAGAGGCCCCACGGAGUUUGUGGAUGCAUCCUCUGUUUUAGAGACCCCGACCGCCAUCGAUGGACCUGCAAAUGAUAAAAAGGUUGAGCAUUCCAAUUUUGAGAGCCAGCAAGAAGGACAGGUGAACACUCCAGAGCUUGUGAAUGCACUCACUGUCUCAGAGACUCCGGCCGCCGUUGAUGGACCUGCAAAUGUUAAAGAGGUUGAGCUUCCCAAUGCUGAGAGCCAGCAAGGAGGACAGUCAUCUACUGCGGAGCUUGUGGAUGCACCGUCUGUUUCAGAGGCCCCUACUGCCGUCUUCGUAUCUGCUAGCGAGAAAGAUGUUGAGCUUUCGAUUACUAAAAGCCAGCAAGGACAGGUGAACACUCCUGAGCUUGUCAAUUCACCCACUGUUGUGGAGACGUUGGCCUCAGUUAGUGAACCUGUCAAAGACAAGGAAACUGAGAACGUGACUACACCUGUUGAAACAACUGAUGAACCUGCCGAAUACAAGGAGACUGAGUUGGCUACGCCUGUUGGAAACCCAGAACCUGAAGAGAGCCCUCCACUAAAACCUGUUGCUGGUUCAGCUGUCUUUAGCGAGGAGCAGGACCAGGAUGCACUUACAACGGAGGUAGUUCAGAAGUCCCUAGAAUCAUCUAGUUCAACUAAGGAAAUGACUUCCAGUGUUGGCGAAACGUCUCAAGCUCACAAUCCGAGUCAACCAGAGGUACCUGCAUUGACGAAGACUGUUGCCGAGGUAAUAGCAGCCCCUAUCCUUGCCACUGAAGGUAACUCUGAGAUUUAUGAAUCAUCACAAGUUAAGUCAGAUGAAGAAGCAAUUACUAAGUUGAAUGAAGAUGUAGUCGCUCUUCAAAAGGAGGAUUUUACAAGGAAAAGUUUACCGGAACCCAGUGUUGUUCCUGCAAACGGUUCACUGGACGCCGUUCUGAAGAAUGCAGAUGAUGCCAAACCCACACUUGAAGACUCCAACCAAGGUGUUGUAGGUACUCAGAUUACAGAGGAGUCUGCAAAAGAGAUUGUCGAAAAGCAAGAGACAGUAGCUGGAAAGGUGGAUGAACUGAAAGUUCUUGAAGAGAUGAGAGCUAAAAUUGCCGAGGUGGAUCCAAAAUCGAAGGACACAGACGAAGCUACGCUGAGAAGGUUUUUGAGGGCUCGAUCAUGGAAACUUUCGAAAGCAGUCAAAAUGUUUGUGGAUCAUCAAAAGUGGCGGCGUUCAUUUUUGCCGCUAGGUUAUAUUCCACAAGAAGAGAUUAAGAACGAGCUAGAUGCUGAGAAAGUGUUUCUACAGGGGAGUGACAUCAAAGGUCGACCUAUAGUUGUCCUUAUGGCAGCCAAACAUGAGGCCAGCAAACGCAACUUUGAUGAAUUUAAACGUUUUUGUGUGUUCAGCUUCGACACAUUGGUGGGCAGCAUGAAACCUGGGAAUGAGACCUUCACUGUCAUUCUCGACCUGAAGGGUUUGGCCUUUAAAAAUGUGGACGUCCGAGGAUGGAUUUCGAUCUUUGAUUUUUUGCAGGCAUACUACCCGGAGAGGUUAGGGAGACUCUUCAUUAUCCAUGUGCCAAAAGUAUUUUGGGGAGCAUGGAAGCUCGUGUAUCCUUUCAUCGAUAAAGUCACGAGGGAAAAGAUUGCCUUUGUAGAAGACAAGCAACUCGAGAGCAGAUUGCGAGAUGAGAUCGAGCAAGACCAGAUCCCUGAUAUUUAUGGUGGUGCUCUAGCCCUGGUGCCCAUUCAAAAAGUAGCUGGUGCUCAUCAACCGCCGAAAGCAGCAGACCAUGUGCAAACUUCCUGAAAAGCCACCCAUCUGUUUGCUUACUGCGGUCAGAUAUUCUUUCUAUCUCUACAAUUUGUUUUGGAAGCGCAGUUGCAGGCUGUGGUUGUCGUGAACACGACAGAGGUUUCAGAGGGCCUUUUAUUGCUAUUUGGAUUCAAAGCAUUGGGAGGUGGCUGCGAUGCUGUCUGUACUGUUUCAAGCAAUGUAGGGAUCCCUGCUGUAUUCAUCUAAUGAUAAAUGAUUCACAUCAUUGUUCGAUACCGACAAGACCUAUUUUUUAACAA